CGUCUAGGUGUCUUCAAUGGAGUGAUAACCGCACGUAUAAAUCAUGGUAGGGAAUUCUUACUUCUUUUUCAUAUCUGCUGCUGGGGUCUGACCAAGCAAGGGUUGAUUUCUUAUGUUGAUUUCUUAUGUUGAUUUCUUAUGUUGACUCGCUGUGUUGAUUUGCUGUGUUGAUUCGUCAUGAUGAUUCGUUAAUUGGACAAGUGUUUUCUAGCACUAAGAACAUAGACCGACAAUUGUAUAUUUCACAUUGUCAGUUUUUUUAUUGCUAUUUUUGUGUAAAGUUGUAAGUUUGUUGUAGUUUUCAUGACCUGCAAGUUAUAAAAGACAACUUGUAUAAUUCGGUACGAGAUCAUUAAUUAGUCCAUGUUGAUGGGGCGACUGGUUUUAACUGUGAGCACGUUUUAAAACACCCAAGACGAAUUAGUGCUGUUAAUUCACUCGGAUUUAAAAAGUAAUUCUUGAACGGAUUUUAUUUCAAAAAUUGGAAAAACUUUCAUAGAAAACAUAAAGUUAGAAACUUUCUUGGAAAACUUCAGUUUACAAGCAUUUAUUGGCUCGCAUUCAAUGAGUUUAUCCAGAACAUUUCUCAACUUCCGGUUUUGGCAGAAGUGACCUCUCACAAAUGCCAGAGCUUUGUCGCCUGCCGUCUGCUGGACCGGCCCUGACGUGUCUGCUGCUGGCCGUCUGUCUGGCGUCCAGCAGACAGGACCAGUGCGGCCAGCUUGCCGGAUGCCGGGCCGACCGGCCGAGGCUGGCAAACGGAUGCUGUCCGGCGGAAGCCGGAGCCGAAUGUCGACCGGAAGUAGGGAGUGAGUGCGACACGGAGCUGGGAUUUAACUGCGUUGACGUCACGGGAGCUAACGUGACGUCAGGGAGUGGCACGUGCCGAGGUCGCUACAACGUGACGGUGACGUCAGUGAGUUCAAGGUCGCUUUCCUUGGCGUGGAACCACUUCGCUCACGGGGAGUUCGAGUACGUGGUGCUGUACCGGAAGUGGCGUCAUCACCUGGACGUUACCGACUGGGACACGAGAGACAUGGGGGAGCGUCCAAGUGGAACGGUCAAGAACUUGACCCCUGGCACCGUCUACCUGCUCAAGGUCUCCUUCUGGCUGACCGGCACCAGACUGGGCAACACGUCAGAGACGGUCAUCGUGGACACGUCACCCGCCGAGUGGUGUGAGAACAACGGGCUACAGUACUACGUGGGUGAGCAGUUCACGCACGAGUGUGAGGACAACUGCACGUGCUUGGCUGAUGGCGAGGUGCGCUGUGACCCGCUCUGCCCAGAGGUCGGCAUACCCGAGCUGCCAGAACCCGGGUGUCACGUGAUCAUAGAGGAGUGUUGCACCUACAGGCUGGUGUGUCCUGUACCGAGUGAUCCUUGCCUGGCUGAUAACACGAGCUUCACCCACGGGCAGAACUUCGUCCUGGGGUGCCGGAACUGUGUCUGCAACCACGGGCAGGUGGAGUGCGCCUACCCGGACUUCUGUGAGGUGAUGGAGCCAACCCUGGCCUGCCCCAACCCCCAGAGCAGGGAGGUGGAGGGGGGAUGCUGCCCCGAGUGGUUCUGUGAGGGGACGUGCUACUACGAGAAUCGAACCUACAACCACCUGGAGUACUUCACCAGCUCCCAGUGCGGCCUGUGCCAGUGCAGCUCCGUCAACGGUGCACAGUGUGCGUCAGAGUGCGUCCCUGUGACGCUGGUCCUGCCUGACGCCGCCUGCCCCGACCCCCACAUCCGGCGCGACGGGUGCUGUGAGACGCUGCACUGCUACGACCCCAGUCUAGAUAUCACACAUUAUCUUCGGCGCAUGUUCGCGCUGUCCUACAGCCCGAUGACCUUGACCCUGAGUUUUGAGGUCGACCCUCAGCCCGUGGACCAGGGAUUGCCGCUGUACUGUCAGUACGAGAUCCUCUACGCCAACGCCACUGACCACUUGGUCACGUGGCAGAGCCGACAGGUUCAACCAAUCGACGUCGUCCUCCAGCACGACCAGCCAAUCCAGGUCGAGGAGACCUUGUCACGUGACAGCGCCAUUGUGGUGGGCGGCCGCGCCUACGUCACGCUGUCCGGCAUGCACCCCGACACGACCUACUACGUCAAGAUCAUCCCCCUGGACUCUAUCCGACACGACAUGGCGGCCGGCGGUCAAGCUCAGCUCAACUACAGCGACACGAAGAUCUCCAUGAUGGUCGUGGUCAAGACUAAACCGCUGGGCAAUGACACUUCCUGUUUCCGGGACGGCAAAGAGAUCCCCCACAACGAGGCUGUGUCCAGUGCCUGCGGCCAGUCGUGUCGGUGCCACCUUGGUCAGGUCUUGUGCCAGAGUCUCUGCGAGUCGGAGCACCACGUGCUGGCUGCGUCCACCACCUGCCCCCACCCCCACCUGGAGCAGACGGGGGAGGAGUGCUGUCCCAGGUGGGGGUGCAGACCUUCAGCCCCAGGGUGCCUUCACCAUGGCGUCAUGUUGUCUGACGGCCAGUCGCUCACGGAGGCGUGUCAGGUGUGCACGUGCGACAACGCCACGGUUCACUGCACCUCUGUCUGCCCACCUGCUGGUACCUCACCCCGGCCUAGCUGCCAGCUGGUCAACGUUAGUGGACAGUGUUGUCCGCAGUGGAUGUGUCCGUUAGAGUCUCACCCUCCCUACGGCGUCAAGUCCUCAAUCCUUCUCCACCUUCUGGGCGGGUGUCGAACCCCCGUCUCCAGCUUUGGUGCCAGCGUGAGGCAGCAGCUGCUAGCGCGCGUGCAGGCGUCGUGUGCGGGCAGCCAGACACUGCUCACCCUCUGCCAGCACGUGCAGGCCACCGUCCUGUGCCCGGGGGUCGCCCAGACGGACGAGUUCACGGUCCGAAGCCGCCGGUCAGCCGGCACGGACCCGGCUAAAAUACCGGUCGUGGUCUACGUGCAGAAGAAUUUCAGCUCUGACGUCACGGAGCAGCAGACAGCCCAGCAGGUGGAAGCCGCUGGUCGUCUGCUGGCGUCGCUGCUCAACGUGACCUUCCAGCUGACCUUGGACGACGGUCACGUGGUGCAGUCUGCUGAUGACGUCAUGUACACCGGCCCAACCUACUUGUGUGACGUAGGUUUCUACUACCGGCGGGGCUCGUGCGUUCUCUCUGAGAUUGAGUCGGCCUUGACCUUCAAGCCGAGUGUCAAGCUGACCACCCGACCUUUGACCCCGACGGCGGUAGCUCUGGAGUGGGCGUUCCUGGGAGCGCAAGACAUUCGUGACGUCACUGGGCUGCAAGUGGAGUACAAGGCCGAGGGCGGGGUACAAUGGCUGACCAGCAGCGUACUGGAACCGGAAAUGACGUCAUACAACAUCACGUCCUUGCUCCCAGACAAACAGUUUCUGGCCAAGCUCGUGGCCUUGACCCCGUGGUCAGGCACGGGGAAGUGGACAGUCGGGGAGGUCAGUUUUCUGACCAGUCCCAGACCAAGCUACUACAGGUCCCAGCUCCAGGUCAAGGUCAAACAGGUCACGGUCUCAGAGAACUGUGCCUAUAUCACGUGGGAGCCGUUGACCGAGGUGACGUCACAGCUCAAUUCAGUGAACAUUGUCUUCAAGAUGGCUCAGGACAGUUACUAUACCAACAAACAGAAGGUGCCAUACAGGAACCAGAGCCAGGUGGAACUGGUCGGUCUCAACUCGGACACGGCUUACGUAGCAGAGGUCAGCGUGUCAGCACGACCUGGCUGGACUGUCUCGUCUGGUGCCAUCUACUUCGUCACUAAAGCUAACAAGAACGUGUCGACUGAGCUGCUUGUCGCCGUCAUCAUCACGUGCUUCGUCUCCACCAUCAGCAUCACCGCCGUCGUCGUCACGUGCUUCAUGUGGCGCCGCAGCAAGAGGAAAGGGGACGCCACUGGGUUUGAGAACAAAACAUUUGGGAUUCAAAUGGAAAAUAACAACAUCGAGACCCCUUCGAUGACCCCUUCGAUGACCCCUUCGAUGACCCCUUCAGUCACCCCCACACUGACAACACCAGGCACCGAUAUGCAUAAAGAUUUGUGAACCAUUAGUAGUAUUUUCAUCCGUCAUAUUUACGUCAGUCAUCCAGCAUAUGUUUUAUUUACGGCAGGCAUCCAGCAUUUUAUAAUGGAUGGGAGAGAACCAGCAUUGCCCGUUUUUUAUAAAAAUAUGGGCCCAUUACAACCUGUCCACACGACAUUUUGCCAGCGACAUUUGGUCCACACGACAUAUUUACCAGCGACAUUUGGUCUACACGACAUAUUUACCAGCGACAUUUGGUCCACAAACAAUUUGUCCCUUGACUUCUGGACCAGAGACAUGCUGAGUAGAGUUUGUGUUAAGUUCUCCGACAAAUAAGAGGGGGUGUGGCUAUAAGCUCCACCCCUUCUUGGUAUGUGGCUAUAGGCUCCACCCCUUCUUGUUAUGUGGCU